AACCCUUGGGUCAUCUCAUCUGCCGCCACCGUCGCCGCCACCACUGGUGCUGUGGUUUCCCUGCCCCUUGCACAGGGGCGGCUCCUGUUAUGUAAUAUCAGCAGCCCACAGUGAGGCAGGGCACAGACCGUACAGCUCUGGCCACCUGGAGUGUGUAUGGGAGUAGCAGCGGCAGCAAUGGAGGCACCCUGAAGACUCCGAUUCACCUGGCCUGGAGCGGGGAACAUCGCUCACCUCUUGGCAAAACUGGGGGCUCAUUGUCCUGCACAUUUUGCGAAACCCUUUUAUUCCUCUUUACCCCACCCCGAUCUACAUACCUGGCUGGUCAGCCAGGAAUUCCUGCAGGCGCAGAGUGGGUACCCUUGUGGCUUCAUGAAUGUCUGAUCCAGGCAGCUGUGCGCUGCAGAUUCACAGAGCCUGCUCUGAGAGCUUUGCUGCCACGGCUGAUUUGGGGGGCAGCUUGCUGGACCAGACAUUGGGCAGGGUCCGGUGUGACAAGAUGUCUCCCUGCCCACCCCAGCAAGGAUGGCCACGGGGUGCCCUCCUCCCCUUAUAUAACCCAUUGGCAGCAGGGGAGCUUAGUUCACAACGGGAGCUUGGUUCACAACGGGAGAUGGAGCUCACCUGGCAAGAGAUCCUGUCUAUCUCGGAAUUGCAGGGCCUUGAUAUGCCAACUGAGAGCUGCUAUGACCCCAUCACAUGUGGCCACCCCCAACAGAUGGUCCCACCUCCAAGUUAUGGACCCUGCACUGGGAUGGAGGACAGCUCACUUCCCAACUACAGUCAACCUGCUUCUGUGUAUGAACAUAUACAUCCAGAAACUCUUCCACCCUCUUGUUCUCUCCACAGCUACACAGGAAUGCUGAUCUCCUCACUUGAGCCUCUGGGGCCUGCCAGGCUGAAUGCAUGUAAAGGUGGACCAGGGGUAGCCCUGGGCAACGGCGCCUAUGGGCCUCAAGGUCCCUGUAAGCCCCAAGAAGACAUGGAAUCAGACUCUGGCUUAUCACUUAACUACAGUGAUGCAGAGUCCUUGGAGGCAGAGGGGCUGGAGCAGGCAGAAUAUACUUCCCUGUACCCCAUUGAAUAUGCACCAGCAUAUCCAAUGCUGACUCCAGUAUCAGAGGUGCCCAUCUGUGGCCCACACACAGAACUUUCUUUGGAGAAGGGACAAGGCCCACGAGGUGAACUGGCAGGUAGUCGGGACGAACGGCGAGCCCUAGCCAUGAAAAUUCCUUUCCCUGUUGAGAAAAUCAUCAACCUCCCAGUGGAUGACUUCAAUGAGCUGGUGUCACGCUUUCCCCUGAGCGAGCCUCAGCUGGCACUGAUUCGGGACAUCCGCCGUCGCGGGAAGAACAAAGUGGCAGCUCAAAACUGUCGCAAGCGCAAGCUGGAGACACUGGUGCACCUAGAGAGGGAGCUUGAUGAUCUGAGUCGUGAGCGCCAGCGCCUGUUACGGGACCGUGGUGAGUUCAACAGGACACUGAUGCUUACAAGGCAAAAGCUGGGGGCACUGUACCACCAAGUCUUCUGCAUGUUGCAUGAUGAAGCUGGCAAUACCUAUUCUCCAGAAGAAUAUACACUGCAACUCACCGCUGAUGGCAAUAUCUUCCUUGUGCCACGGAAUGAACAGCUAGAUAUUUCUACUGACUGAAGAGGACAGGUCAUUGUGGGAACUGACGGACCCAAAUUGUAUAAGUACCAUUUUCAAGUGCAUUAUCCACAUCUGUCUCAAGAUCAUCUCAAUGUAGGAAGCUUGGAUUUGAAACUCCAAACCAUAUGGCCAGAAUGGAAGACAAUGUGUUCUGAUCUAGGACAAAAUCACUGCCCUGUAUUAGGUGCAGGUAGGAUUGGGGAAACCUUACUAGAGUUUAACCCCCCCACCCCACAAUCACUCUCUCCAACCUGGUGUGGUCCAGAUGUAAGGAGUAUACUUUCUAUCUUGCAGAGAAAACAUGGAAAGCUCCAGCUCUCAUUUGGCAAGCUUAUGCCCAUUUUCUGGUUACUUCACACGUAUUUUGUCCUUUAGGUUUGGGCCUUAUCUGCAUAGUAGCAAAGUGUGAAACAGGCAAGGCUGAGGUCAUCCCUGCCACCCUAUUGGUCUCUUCCCAUGAAUCCACACAUGACUCUUCGGAGCAUUAUUUUUUAUAAAAACAGUACCAUCCUUUUUUAGCACUGGGUGGUGUAUGUGCCUUCAAGUUGCUUGUUAACUUAUGGCAUUAAUUCCCUAGGACUUUCUUAUGCAAGAAAUACUUACAGGUAGUUUUGCCAUUCUCUUCCUCCAAAAUAUAGCCUACAACACCAGGUAUUCUUUGGUCUUCCAUCCAAGUUCAAACUAUGGUUGAUCCUGCUUAGCUUCUAGGCAGGUUCAUGAGCUAAGCUUGGCUCAGCUAAGUGUUCAUAUUCCAGAAACUUUGGCCCCUUUUAACACUGCCCCUAUAUCCCAGGAUCUGAUCCCAGAUUAUCUGCUUAUCCCAGAUUACCUAGCAGUGGAGGCUCAUAUAAUCCAGUUUGAAGCAGAUAAUCUGGGAUCAGAUCCUGGGAUAUAUGGUGGUGUAGAAGGGGGCUUAGUGGUGUUUGGAAACCUUCCUUUGUGGGUUUUAUAUUCUAACUAGUCAACAAGAUAGGAUUAAAUGGGGUUGCACAAAUCCAAUUUUAUAGGAAUUUUGUAAAUAUAACCAGAUUUAUGCUGAAUUCCAAGAAGGUUUAAGGUGCCAUUUUAGGGCAUCCCCAUUUAUAAAGUUUUAUUCAUGCAAAAAACACAGUAUAUGGAGAGUACUAAGUUACCCUUUAAAUAUGUUUAUGUUUUUGCUGACUUUAGUGAGAAAUACUCGACUGUGGCUCAAAGGCCAAACAUUUUAUCCCAAAACAUCCUGUAAGUUAUUUUUGGAUUUCUAUGAGGAAGUUAUGUUUCCUCCAUGGUAUAAAUACAGCUGUAAACAUAAAGCAACUAAUAUAAUGGAUUGGUGACAAACUUAAAUGGCUUGGUUACAAUAGACUGUUCUCUACUAGAACAAUGCAUUCUUUAAUGUGUAUUUUAAACCACAGCCAUCUCAAUACAGUAAACAAACCCAAGCCAGGAUGCAUCAGAAUGCAUGGCAUGGAAACACCAUGAGUGAUCUGAAAGACCAAGUAUUUGUAACUCACAAAGAAACAUUUCCUUUCAUAACCAUGUAUUUGUAAAUAAUGUAUUUUCCUUUUCUGUAAAAAUAAAAAAAAUGAUCUGGUACACAA